GCAAGAUUAAUCUCGGAGUUUAGCUAAGAGAAGAAGAAGCAAGCUCCGCCCUCCUCCGUCGUCUCUUCCGGUCAAGGCCAUAUAUCGGCACGCUUUAUUUAUUGUGGAAUAUAUAUUUGUAUCUCUUGUCAGUGAUGUGGCCAAUGUUAUGACAGGGACAUCAUAACACGUUGUUUAUUUAACGCGUGUCAGUUUAGUAUAGCUCGCAAAGAUCACCGCUGAACAAAGUGAGCAGCAUCCAGUCAUGGAGGAUGAGAUAGUGGAGACAGCAGAGGAGCAGCUGGCAAAGCAGCACCGCAAGGAAAAGAAAGAUACGCAAGCUAAAAUUCAGAGCAUGAAAAAUGCAAUCCCCAAAAAUGACAAGAAAAGGAGGAAACAGAUGACAGAGGAGAUUGCAAAAAUAGAAGCUGACCUCAGCCAGAAACAUGAGGAGGAAUUGAGGCAACUCAAAUCUACCAACGACGCAGAGGUGGAAGAGGUGUUAAAUGGAGUGGAGACCAUGAAGAUGGAGGGUGGUGAAGAAGAAAAAGGAGAGGAGGCCAAACAGCCACGUUUAACCAAAGCCCAGAAGAGAAGGGACAAGAAGGCAGCCGAGGAGAAGGAGAGGGAGAGCAGGAUAGCAGAGGCUGAGGUGCAAAAUCUGCAGGGUGUGAGGCACCAGGAGGGUUUGAAGCUGGCUCAGAAAUUGGCCCAGCAACAGCUUCAGAUCAAGGAGAUCUCUUCUGAUGGCCACUGCAUGUACCGUGCCAUUGAAGACCAGCUGGCACAGCGAUCAAAGCCAGGGUUAAUCAUGAGUGUGAAAGAACUGCGGUCCCGCACUGCUGAGUACAUGAGAGGCCAUGCUGAUGACUUCCUGCCUUUCCUCACCAACCCCAACACUGGGGACAUGUACACAGCAGAUGAGUUUGAGAAAUACUGCAGUGACGCGGAGCACACAGCAGCUUGGGGUGGACAACUGGAAUUGAGAGCUUUGACCCAGGUUCUUCAAUUGCCAAUGGAAGUGAUCCAGGCCGACUCCCCGACUAUAAAAAUUGGGGAGGAAUUUGAUAGUGAACCCAUCAUCACCCUCGUCUAUAUGCGUCAUGCCUAUGGACUAGGAGAGCACUACAAUUCUGUGGAGCGGCUAAAGGACCCAGCCACUGCAGAGGACAGCUGAGAGGCAGCUCAGUCUUGGUGUGACAUAAACCAAUGUGUGUAAUGCAGAGUGUGUUCAGACCACCGAGGGCCCUAAAUACAGAAACCCCCCUCCCUUAAUUGAAGACAUUGUUAAGCUGAGGUUAACAGAUAAUGUUGCUGUUUUCAGAAUGGGUUAAAUGUCAUCUCUGUUUAGAAGCCAAAAUAUAUCAGUGGGGAGAGUGAAAUCUAGUUCUGACAACAGUAUCAUUGUGCUUUUGAAAAAUAUAACAUAGAAAGGAAAUGUGUUAAUGAUUGUACACUGGACACCCUUUGUCUAUUCCAAUGACCCCCAUGUUUCACUUCAGCCAAUUUUGGGAAGCAGUGGUAUACCAUAU